AUGAACAUGUUCUACAGUUAUCAGCUACAUGAUCGAUCAGGCCUGUAUACCUUAUUGUUAAGAGGUGGUCGACUUUUCCAGCAAUAUUUGGUGGAUGCUUAUAUUUGUAUUGAGCAAAGUCGGCUAGAUUACAUAAGACUAAAGCAAAACACCUUCAGAAGUGAAUAUCUUAAGGGUGUUCAUGAUGCUAUUCUUCGUGGUGACACCGAAGGUCGUCAUAUUGGCAAACGAACUAUCCUACCAUCAUCUUUCAUUGGUGGCCCACGUUACAUGUACAAGCACUACCAAGACGCUUUAGCUAUUUGUAGAGUUCAUGGGAAUCCCGAGUACUUUAUCACAUUCACGUGCAAUGUCAAAUGGCCGGAAAUAGUAAGGUAUUUAGCUCAGUAUCCUUCGCUUAGAGCACAAUAUCGUCCAGAUAUUAUUGCUAGGGUCUUUCAAAUUAAAGUGGCCUCACUCAUCAACUUUCUUAAAACAAGGAAACCCUUUGGCCAAGUAGCUGCAGAUUUAUACACGAUUGAAUUUCAGAAAAAAGGACUCCCUCAUUGUCACUUGCUUCUAUGGGUUACUUCUGCAAAUAAGAUAAGGAAACCUGAUCAGCUUGAUAAUUAUAUCUCCGCCGAGAUCCCCAAUCGCUUAACUGAGCCGGAAUUGUAUAAAGUUGUUACAGACCUGAUGAUGCAUGGCCCAUGUGGCCUCGCAAAGCCUAAUGCACCCUGCAUGUCAUCAUCCUCUUGCUCAAAGCAUUUCCCAAAAGACUACGAGGAAACAACGAUGUUUGACAAAAAUGGGUACGCACAUUACAGAAGACGGUCAACAGGGCAUUCAAUCGUUAAGAAUGGCGUUAGACUCGAUAAUGCUUACGUUGUGCCCUACAACAAACAUCUAUGCCUUCAUUAUCAGGCACAUAUCAAUGUUGAAUACUGCGGGUGGAACAUGAUGAUCAAAUAUUUGUUCAAGUAUAUAUCAAAGGGCUCUGAUCGCAUUCGGUUCAAAAUUACAAGACCAAUUUCUCCAUCUUCUGAUACAGAGAACGCUCCUGCAUCUCAAGUAGAUGAAAUCAAAAACUUUGUAGACAGUCGUUUCAUUUGCCCACAUGAGGCUGCUUGGCGGAUCUUCAAUUUCUUCAUUCAUGUUAGAGACCCCCCGGUACAAGUUUUAGCAGUUCACUUGGAAAAUAUGCAAAAUCUUCAAUUUAAGGAUACCCAAACGUUGGAAAACAUAGUAAGGAACCCAGUUGCUAAAAAAACUACCUUGACUGAAUGGCUUCGUAAUAACCAAACUGAACCCGAAGGUCGACAUCUCACUUAUGUUGAUUACCUUUCAUACUAUAGGUGGGACUCUAAUGGAAAAUUUUGGAUUCGUAGAACAAGAGAAACAACACCCGCCAUUGGCAGGCUAAUAUAUAUACAUCCGAGUUGCGGUGAAACUUUCUAUUUACGAAUGUUGUUGUCUCAUCAAAAAGAUUGUCAGUCAUUUGCAGACAUAAGAACAGUUUCUGGCCAAAUAUUUCCCACAUUUCGUGCCGCUUGUGAGAGGCUAGGACUACUUGGUGACAAUAGAGAAUGGUUGUAUACAUUUAACGAAGCUGCGACCUGGGCUACUUCCUCGGAGUUACUUUCACUUUUCACAUAUUUGCUUCAGUUUUGUGAGAUAUCAAAUCCUAUGGAAAUAUGGGACACACAGUGGCGUAAAAUGGCUGACGACAUUAUACAAACCCAUGGCCUGUUGAAUGAAGAGGACAUAAAGCAAUACGUAUUAUACGAAAUUGAGUUGUUGCUACGUUCUGAAGCAAAUCCUUCAUCGUUGAAAAAUUUCGGCUUGCCAUUGCCACAAGAAAAUUUAUUGUCAUCUUUAGCAAAUACGCUACUUAUGGAAGAGAAGAAUUAUGAUAGGCUUCAACUUUCCUCCGACCAUGAGUGCUACCGACGACAACUGAAUUCUCAGCAAAAUGCCAUCUAUCAAUUGGUCAUACAAACGUCGACAUCAAACGGACAAAUCUUACUUUUUGUCUAUGGCCAUGGAGGUACGGGUAAAACGUUUUUAUGGAAAACAAUUAUUUCCGCACUCCGGUCUCAAGGCAAAAUUGUCUUAGCUGUUGCUGCAUCUGGCAUCGCUUCAUUGCUGUUGCCAUCUGGGAGGACAGCUCAUUCACGAUUCAAAAUUCCUCUCAAUUUAGCGGACAACUCAAUCUGUCACGUUAAGAAAAAUACUCAUUUAGCCCAAUUGUUUAAAGAAACGUCCCUUAUCAUUUGGGAUGAAGCCCCUAUGAAUGAUCGUAAAUGUUUUGAGUCACUCGACAGAACUCUCAAGGAUAUUCUUAACAAUCCAAACAAUCUAUUCGGUGGAAAAUCAUUGUUACUUGGUGGGGAUUUUCGGCAAACACUUCCAAUAAAACCUAAAGCUGCAAAAUCAACAAUCUUAGCUUCGUCCCUGCCGAGGUCAUAUUUAUGGCCUCAUUUUAAAAUCCACAAAUUAAUAGAAAACAUGCGCCUUCAAAGACCUAACCUUCAUCCAUCUUACAUGGCUGAAGUUGCAUCGUUCUCAUCAUGGUUGCUUGCUGUGGGUGAUGGCUUACUUGGUACAACUGAUGCAGAUGAUCCCAAUGACACUAAAAGGAUUCGCAUACCAUCACAAUUCCUAAUACCUUUUCAUAAGACAGCUCUCAUGGAACUCAUUCACUUUAUCUAUGACCAUGAUACUCUUGAAAAUCCAUCAGCUGAAACACUUUCUCAAAAAGCCAUCGUUUGCCCCAAGAAUGAAACAAUUGACGAGAUAAACACAUUGGUUGUUAACAUGACUUCUGGAACUAGCGUAUCUUAUUUGAGUUCUGACUCACUCACACCACACGCAACUGAUCAGGAAGAUACGGAGAUACUUUAUCCAACUGAGUAUCUUAAUCACAUGAAUUUCAAUGGCCUCCCGCCUCAUCGCCUCGAAUUGAAGGUCAAUGCCCCAAUUAUAUUACUUCGGAACAUAAAUCAAACAGCAGGGCUCUGUAAUGGUACAAGACUAAUUAUCACACAGCUAUUACCUAGAGUUAUCGAGGCCCAGGUCAUAACAGGAAUUGCCAUUGGCCAUUGGCCAUCGUGUAUAUAUACCGCGAAUAUGUCUUACCCAUAA